AGGAGGAUGAUGAUGAGACGCAGACUGCGCACAGACCUUCCGCAACUUUAAUCUUGUUUAAAACCCCAUCAGAGGAAACAUCAGCACGAAUAUGUGACGAGCAGGAUCCCACCUUCAGUUUGAAAUCCUCACCUUUGACCCCCGCUGGAGCCUCUCCGAACAUCUCCCAACAUGCCACUACUCGUCUUCCCCACCUCCCAGCUGCUGUGGGUGCGCCUGGCCGCCCUGCUCUUCACCUGCGUGGCGUUCAGUGCGGCAGCGCACGCCGGCUCGCUGCCGCACGGAGGCAUGGCCGACUGGUGCAUCUUCUGCUGGGCGUUCAGCUUCUCCUGCACGCUGCUGGUGCUGCUGGUGCACCAGUUUGGCCUCCAGUCAAGAAUCCCAGUCUCCUGGUCCAACUUCCCCAUCACUAUCGCCUGCUACGCCGCCCUGCUGUGCCUCUCAGCCUCGGUCAUCUUCCCGCUCUUCUUCCUCCGGGGCCAGACGGCGCCCAGCGAGGCCCGUGACCAUCGCAUCGUCUCCACGGUCUUCUCCUGCCUGGCAGCGGUGGCCUACAUGGGGGAGGUGAGCCUAACCAAAGCCAGGCCGGGAGAGACGGCGGGUUACAUGGCCACGGCGCCGGGCCUGCUGAAGGUGACACAGACCUUCGUGGCCUGUAUCAUCUUCAUCCUGGUCAGCGACCCUCCGUCGUACGACCAGCACCCGGCGCUCAAGUGGUGCAUGGCCGUGUACUGCAUCUGCUUCAUCCUCUCCAUGGCUGUGGUGGUGCUGUGCGUGGGCGAGUGCACCGGCUGGCUCCCCAUCCCCUUCUCCAAGUUCCUGUCGGGGUACGGGCUCUUGGCGGUGAUCAUGUACCUGACCGCCACCAUCAUCUGGCCCGUGUUCCAGUUCGACAAACAGUAUCAGGGCCGGAGCAGCGAGGCGUCCAAGCUGAUCGCGGCUUCGGUGCUCACGGGCGUCAACUUCCUGCUUUACCUCGCUGACCUGGCCUACACCGCCAGACUAGUGUUUGUGAGCGGCUGAGAGGAAGAAGUGAAGGACACACACACAUACACACACACACACACACAC